CCGCCGACGAGCCCCUCCUGCAGGCUCGCUGUUGUUGGUGGUGGUUGGGCUGUUUCUCGCGUGUAGGGACUGAGAGUUCCAAGCCCAUGACCUUCCAAGCAACCCCAGGCAGGACGCCUCAGGGACUGGGACCUGGGGCGGUCUCUGCCAGGUUCCCCAACUUGGUCCCAGCACCGGGCCCCGCGGAAGCCAAUGAAGAGGAAGAUGAGGAGGAGGAAGGACCAGCCGAGAUCCAUCUGUGUGUGUUAUGGAAUUCAGGAUACCUGGGCAUUGCCUACUAUGACACUAGUGACUCCAUUGUUCACUUCAUGCCAGAUGCCCCAGACCAUGAGAGCCUCAAGCUUCUUCAAAGAGUUGUGGAUGAAAUCAAUCCCCGGUCUGUUGUUACCAGUGCCAAACAGGAUGAGAAUAUGACUCGUUUUCUAGGGAAGCUUGCCUCCCAGGAGCACAGAGAGCCAAAGAGACCUGAAAUCAUACUUUUGCCAAGUGUGGAUUUUGGUCUGGAGAUAAGCAAACAACGUCUCCUUUCUGGAAACUACUCCUUUAUCCCGGAGUCCAUGACUGCCACUGAAAAAAUCCUUUUCCUCUCCUCCAUUAUUCCCUUUGACUGCCUUCUCACGGUCCGGGCACUUGGAGGACUGCUCAAGUUCCUGGGUCGAAGAAGAAUUGGAGUUGAACUGGAAGACUAUAAUGUCAGCAUCCCCAUCCUGGGCUUUAAGAAAUUUGUGUUGACCCAUCUUGUGAGCAUAGAUCAAGACACUUACAGUGUUUUACAGAUUUUUAAGAGUGAGGCUCACCCCUCAGUAUACAAAGUGGCCAGUGGACUGAAGGAGGGGCUUAGCCUUUUUGGAAUUCUCAACAGAUGCCGCUGUAAGUGGGGAGAGAAACUACUCAGGCUCUGGUUCACACGCCCAACUCAGGACCUGGGAGAACUCAAUUCCCGUUUGGAUGUCAUUCAAUUUUUUUUGCUGCCCCAGAAUCUGGACAUGGCUCAGAUGUUGCAUCGGCUUAUGAGUCACAUCAAGAAUGUGCCUCUGAUUCUGAAACGCAUGAAGUUGUCCCACACCAAGGUCAGUGACUGGCAGGUUCUGUACAAGACUGUGUACAGUGCCUUGGGACUAAGGGAUGCUUGCCGCUCCCUGCCCCAGUCCAUUCAGCUUUUUCGGGACAUUGCCCAAGAAUUCUCUGAUGACCUGCAUCACAUUGCCAGCCUCAUUGGCAAAGUGGUGGACUUUGAGGGCAGUCUUGCUGAAAAUCGUUUCACAGUUCUCCCCAAUGUAGACCCUGAAAUUGAUGAGAAAAAACGAAGGCUGAUGGGUCUUCCCAGUUUCCUCACUGAAGUUGCUCGGAAGGAGCUGGAGAAUCUGGACUCCCGUAUUCCAUCAUGCAGUGUCAUCUACAUCCCUCUGAUUGGCUUCCUUCUUUCUAUUCCCCGCCUUCCUUCUAUGGUAGAGGCUGGUGACUUUGAAAUUGAGGGACUGGAUUUCAUGUUUCUCUCAGAGGAGAAGCUGCACUAUCGCAGUGCUCGAACCAAGGAGCUGGAUGCAUUGCUCGGGGACCUGCACUGUGAGAUCCGGGACCAGGAAACCCUAUUGAUGUACCAGCUGCAGUGCCAGGUGCUGGCAAGGGCAGCUGUCUUGACCCGAGUAUUGGACCUUGCCUCCCGCCUGGAUGCCCUGCUGGCUCUUGCCAGUGCUGCCCGGGACUAUGGCUACUCAAGGCCCCAUUAUUCCCCCCAGCUCCAUGGGGUACGAAUCCAUAAUGGCAGACAUCCUCUGAUGGAACUAUGUGCCCGAACCUUUGUGCCCAAUUCUGCAGAAUGUGGUGGGGACAAAGGCAGGGUCAAAGUCGUCACUGGACCCAAUUCCUCAGGAAAGAGCAUAUACCUUAAACAGGUAGGCUUGAUCACGUUCAUGGCCCUGGUGGGCAGCUUUGUACCAGCAGAGGAGGCUGAAAUUGGGGCAGUAGAUGCCAUCUUCACCCGAAUUCAUAGCUGUGAAUCCAUCUCCCUUGGCCUCUCCACCUUCAUGAUCGACCUCAAUCAGGUGGCAAAAGCAGUGAAUAAUGCCACUGAGCGAUCUCUGGUUCUUAUUGAUGAAUUCGGAAAGGGAACCAACACGGUGGAUGGGCUUGCACUUUUGGCUGCUGUGCUCCGACACUGGUUGGUGCUUGGACCCAUGUGCCCCCACAUCUUUGUGGCCACCAACUUUCUGAGUCUUGUUCAACUACAGCUGUUGCCACAAGGGCCCCUGGUGCAGUAUUUGACCAUGGAGACCUGUGAGGAUGGGAACGACCUUAUCUUCUUCUAUCAGGUUUGCGGAGGAGUUGCCAAUGCCAGCUAUGCCUCCCACACGGCUGCCCAGGCAGGGCUUCCUGAAAAACUCAUUGCUCGUGGCAAAGAGGUCUCAGACUUGAUCCGCAGUGGAAAACCUAUCAAGCCUGUGAAGGAGUUGUUAAAGGAGAACCAAAUGCAAAAUUGCCAGACAUUAGUGGACAAGUUUCUGAAACUGGAUUUGGAAGAUCCCAGCCUGGACUUGGACAUUUUCAUGAGUCAGGAAGUGUUGCCUGCUGCCACCACCAUCCUCUGAGUCCUUCCUCUGCCCUCCCCAACUACCUGAGACCCAGGGGCUGCAAUGCCUUUUUGGUUUUCUUAUCUCCUUUAGACCCAAAGUUCUCAAUUUCUGUAGAAAUUUUGUUUCAUGUUAGGAAUAAAGUUUAUUUUGGAUAA